AUGCAGCACUCAGAAUUACGGGAGGAUGUCACCAUCGGAAUACUUGCUUUGCAGGGGGCAUUCGCCGAGCACCAGGUCAUGUUAAAAAAACUUUCCGUGAAAAAGCGUAUCGUUAUUCUACUAGUGCGCACCCAGGAGGAUCUGGAGAGUUGCGACGCGCUGAUCAUUCCUGGAGGAGAGUCGACCACUAUCGCCCUUCUUGCUCGUUUGGCCGGACUUUUAGGUCCUCUUCGUGACUUUGUAAAGACAAAACCGGUGUGGGGAACUUGCGCAGGUGCUAUUUUACUCGCGCAAAGUGUUGAGGGUGCCAAGCAAGGUGGCCAGGAGUUGCUUGGCGGCAUGUCUGUGACGGUUGCGCGAAACGGCUGGGGUUCACAGGUUGAAUCAUUCGAAGCACCACUUGAAGUAGAGGCUUUACGCGACUCGGACCGGCCCUUCCAUGGCGUUUUCAUACGUGCACCUGUUAUUAUUGCCCUUCACCCCUCACCAAGCGAUCCACCAAUGCAGAUCUUGUCUCGAAUUUCAACAUCGCUACUUCCACGCACGCAGACCCUGGUUCCAUACGACGAAGACGACACUGAUCCACGUGACUCACGGACCAUUGUUGCUUUGCGGCAGGGGCACCACCUCCUGACCAGCUUCCAUCCUGAGCUCACCAAAGAUGACCGAUUCCACGAAUACUUUGUGCGCGAAUGCGUCCUCUCCUCCCUCGUAUCACAAUAG